AUUACCAUUGGUAAUCAUGCUCAGCGAAAAUCUCCUUCAACAGCUUCAAGAGUUGUCUUCGCAGGCUUCUGCUCGUGACCCCUCACAUGGCAUCACCCAGGGUGUGCAAAACCAUACCAUUGUCCCUCCCGCAGCGCCGCCCCCCACACCUAUUGGCCAGAACCAGCCUGGCAUGCAGAAUGUGGCCUCAAGCCUCCGUGCUGAAAGCGAGUGCGGUGCCACCUCGAGUGGCACAAUAGCUAGGACGAGGUGCACGUGGUCUGACGAGCUCACUACGGACUUUCUGCGCAUAGUUUUGGACGCACAGCCAGGGGGAGUUGUGGCCUAUGAUGGCGUGGUGCAAGGGUGGCCGCAAAUCACUCAAGCAUGGGUCGCUUCGCACCCUCGUCAACCACUGACAGAUCAUCAGUUAAGGGUGCAUUUGAAAGGAAUCCGGGAGUGGGUGCGUGACAUUCAGUAUCUGAAAGGGAGGUGCCGUACCGGAGUCCACUGGGUGCCGCAAAGAGAGUUCUUCAACCCUCCUGCACAUAUUCUCAGAUCCCUUAGGCGGGCUGUGAGGUGGGAAUACCUUAAACGUUGGUGCAGCCACACCGCUCCGUGGUUUGAGCUUGCUAAGAAUUUGGAGCCGCAGAACGGUGAGAGGGGCAGGCUUGCCUCCGACGGUAUGGAGGCGGAUACGGAGGACACGUCAGGUCCGGACGGGGCCGACCCGGACAGACCGGCGGCCACCCCCUCUUCCACACAUAGUCCGAACGUGGGGGCACGAAGCAACGGUACAAGGUCACCUGAGAGACAGGCUCCAGAAAGCAUGAACGCCGCCACAGACCAACAUGCUGCACCUGAAGCCAACGGUUCCGCUCCUGCCGGCCAACCAACCAACGGGCGGGCCUUUUCUGGCCAGGGUGGGCUGGAUGGGUCCGGGAACUUACCCAACGCACAAGGACGCUCAAUGGGCAGUCCGGGGAGUGCUAGCGGCGGCAAGCGCAGGCGGGGUAACUCCGACAACAUCGCACGGUGCCUCGACAUUCUCACUGAGAAUGUUGUCAAACCCAUACCGAUCCUCAUACAAG